CCGCCUCCCCGGCGAGGGGCUUCCGAGUGGGGAGGCCAGGUGGAGCUGCGGAGAGAUUCGGCUCUUUUGAGCGAGAACGGCGGGUCCGGCUCGGCCGCCCUGCAGGGGCUGCUGAGCUCUCCUUUUCUUCGGGCGAACGGAGGCCGAGCUCGAGCCCGCCCGAGCAGCCACCUUCCCCGCCCUGGCCUUUUGUUCAGAGCAGGCUCUGCCGCGAAGCUCCGGCUCGGAGGCGGCGGGAGGGCCCUCCGGGACCCGGAACGGCUAGGGAGGCGCGCGCACCCCAGCCGCCCGCGGGCCUGGUCGAGCGCGCGCGCGCGCAAAGGGGGAGCAACCCGCGAGGGCGGCGGGCCCCCGCCUGGCGCUCCUCCUUCCUCGGCCGGCGGCGCUUCAGCCCUCAGCGAGCAGCGCGGACGGGCGGCGGCGACGGCAGCUCCGAAGACAUCGGGCAUCAAACGGACAAGCUUGCUUGGCAGGUGCGGGCGGAACGGGCGCCCGGUCGGCGGGGCGCGCAGGUAAUACUGGAGGCGCCUCUCCGCUGCCCGGACCACCUUUCCUACUUUCGGAGCGGCCGGAGGCCAUUCCGCCCCGGGAGACCUGAGUGGGUGGCAUCCUUGGGCCGCCCGAGCACGAGGUGGAAAGGGCGGCCGCGCCUCUCCGCUUGACUCCGGCCAGCGAGUCUCUGGCCGAGCGCAGCUCAGUGGACGGCUGAAGGGGGCAUCGAUGGGCCGGUAGCCGCCCCCGCCCCGCCCCCCGCCUGCCUGCCUGCCUGCCUGGACGUGGCGCAUUCCGUGCAUUCCUGGCGCUUCUCUCCCGCACCCGCGCUGCGGAUCGGGGGAGAGCUACACUGCGCGCAAAAGCCGGCAAGACCGUCCCUGCCGCGCACCUGCGCUCGGUCCCAGCGGGUCCGCUUCCAGGCGAGAGGAGACCCCCUGCUCGCUCUGAAUUGCCGGUCUCGGAGUGGGUGGGAGCUCCACGCGGCCGUGGCUCCAGCCGUCCCUCGCUGUUGCUUGGCAGAAAACGGCAGUCCGGUCUCCGGGUGAGGAGACCUCAGGGUUUGCCCUCUCCCGCAUCGCCGGGAAGCUGUGGAGGAUCCUGCAGCUCCGGGCGCCGAGCAGGGUAGGAGCUCUGCAUCCGAGACUUGAGCUGCUGAGUAAUCCCAGAACAAGUUUUUACCUUGCAGGAUUGUUGUGAGGCAAAUGUGGGAGAUGCAGGCGGUGACAUUGACUAGCCUGCCUGAAUGUUUCUUGGGGCUGGGCUCUGAAAUAAUCUGAGCUGGUGGUCUUGUAGCAUCAUCUGAUUGAGACUCAGAAGCUUUGGACUUGGGGCAGCUAUCUACUCCUCGUUCCACUCCCUUCUGUUGUGGGUCUGAGAAAAGGUCCUUCAGGAAAAAAGCAAGAUUCUGGGAGAAUCUACUCUCCUGAUGCUGACCAUGUUCCCCCACACACACCAGCGGUUGCAACCUCGUGCCACUUACUGCCCUCUCCUUGUGGCUUUUUUCCUGCAGUGGAGCUGUGGCUGCCCAGCACAGGAUACCCCAGGCAAGCAUGCUGAUUUGAGCUGGGGGAGCAAGUGGGCCACCAGUCCCAAAAGCUGUCUUCCUCCUUUCCCAGAACCAGUGCUAAUUUUGACAGUUUUCUCUCUGAACCCAGGAAGACCACAGAGUACUUGGGGUUAGCAGAUGCACCCUGCUGCUCUCGGCCUCUGGUUGAGCCCAGACCUGCCUCAUCUUUGGGUCGAGGCUUGACACAGAUGUGGCUCCAAAGAUUGAGCUGGGCUUUGGAAGAACCUUGACCUGCUGGUACAGAACAAUUUCUGGCAGGGUGGAACUGGUGCUGGCUAGCACAAUUGGGACUCUUACCCCACUCCACCUCCGUGCCUUUUGAUGGAUCCUGCGUCAGAAGCUCUCCUGAAGCCUGGCUGCCACGAGCAGCUGGGGCUGAGCUGGGCUGGGCCGGGCCCAGGCCAAGGGCUACACCACCCCCACUUUUUCCAGGCUGCCUCUUCUGAGGCAAAGAAAGCUGGGGGGGGGUGGCCUUGAAGCCUGUGGUGUUCCUCCAAGGCUGGAAGGGAGUCAGUUGUUCUCCUCCCCAUUUUCCUCCUCUGGCAAGGGUCAGCAGGAGGGAGAGACUAGCCCUGCAGGCCUUGAUCCAGCCAGGCUGGAGCUCCCGCCUUGGCUUUGCUGCCCUGCCACUCCCAGCCACACAAGGCACUCAUUCUCUGGCAGCCCAGAGAAGAAAGGCGCCUUGUGGCUGACAAGGUACAACUCCCCCCCCCUCCCUCCUCAAACAGAGCCUGCUUGUCAGGGCUUGUGGCUGUAAGUAGGAAGAAGAGAGAGAAGGGGGAGCAGCCAGGAGACCAGAAGCCUCCUUCCUCUGGGGAGUGGCACUCUCCUCCUUGGACAGUCUAAGACAAACAAGGCAGUCACUGGCCUCUCUGUCUUAUCCCUUGGAAGGAGGACCAUGGAUGGGGUGGGGCUGGGGAGGGAGGCACUCAGAUCAGGCAGUGCCCUGCUGGCUCUCCUGAGCCAAUGCAGAUGUUGGGCUUGAGGAUGGUAGAAAGGGGGCAAGAUCUUUCUCCUUUUACUCAGGAAGGGAGGAAUGCUGGGGGAUGCUGAGUGAAGAAGGAGCACCCAGGUAAGAUGUUCUAGACUGGGAAGCUGCCUUUACUGGCCAUUUAUGUUCACUCUGCCAAUUUUUAAUUUCUCCAAGGUCUUCAGCAGGCUGGCAUUGAAGCAAGGGAAUCUGGAAUUGGGGUAGGGGCACAGAGACCCCAACCAAUCUUUGGCAGGUGCAGAGGAGUUUGGAUGCAGGAGCUAAGAUUCUCCCAGGGAUGCUGCAAUGAAAACAAGCCAUGAGUGACCCCAUGCUUUGUAGUGAUAAAACCCAGCUGUGGCUGUAAUUGGUUGCCAAGCAGUUAGUUAUUCCUUGCAAUAUUUUCAGAGGGGAAUUGAUGCUCGUCUCUUGCAGAGAAACACCCAAGAAGCCUUGAAAUAUUCUGUUUGUGUACAAGUGUUAAGAUUGAUACCCUGCCUUUGUUUCAGGAGCUUGGGGGUGUAUAAAUGGCAUAAAGAGCUCCCUUUCCUUCAGUUUUUCCCCAUCCCAGCAACCCUGUGAGGUAGGCCAGGCUGAGAGAAAAUCCCCCUCCCCCAUGCUGAGGAAGGACAUGGACCUGCAUCUCCUGGCUGCUGCCUUCCUCACUAAAGUGCUCUUGUGCAGGUCUACUUGAGGGUCGUUGUCCCCUGGUGACCAUGAUCCAUGAUCCAUGAAAGUGUCUGCAGUUAUAGUGCCACAAUAUCUUGAUGAUUGAGCAGAAAACAAUAGAGAGAAGUUAGCUUUUUGUUAAACUUAAUGAAGCUGAAGAUAAUUUUAGAUGUUUGUGCUAAUAAUUAGUUAGUCAUAAAAUAAAGUAAUCUUGUACUUGCCAGGAUAGCUGCUUAAAAGCUCAGUUGCUCCCUCUUCUUCCCUGCUGCUAAAUAGCAACUACUUUGAAAUGCAUGUCUUGUUCUUCAAUGGACUUCAGAAACAGGUACACUGUUAUCUGCUUAGAUAGGAGCGUGCUUGGGAAAUGUUCCUCCUGGACCACAGCUGGCAAAGCAACAAACUCCCCUCCGUCCCUCCCUCACUGCAGGGAAUGGAGGGAGGGGGAAAACCAGAGGCCUCCCCUUCCUAGGGGCAGCCAUGACCUGUCCUGUAUUCCAGCCUGCAGGGCAGCAGGUGCAUCUUGCAUGGGGCUUGGCUCUCCAGCGACCUGUGCCCUGGCACCCCCCUCUUUUCCUCCUAGGCAAAGAGGAGCCCCACCAUGGAGACUUGCAACCACAACCUAGCUGCUCCCCCCUGCCAAGUGCAGAAGCCCAUUCAGAACAGCCUCCUGGACCUGACUGAGACCGGCCGAGGUUUAAAGGUGCAGACGCAGAAGCCACACCUGGUGAGCCUCGGCAGCGGGCGCCUCAGCACUGCCAUCACUCUGCUGCCUCUGGAAGAGGGCAAGACAGUCCUGGGCUCCGCUGCUGGGGACAUUGUGCUACAGGGGGCUGGGGUGGCCCCCCAGCACUGCUUCAUUGAAAAUGUGUGUGGGACCCUCACGCUGCACCCCUGCGGUCAUCCUUGUGCCAUCGAUGGGCAGCCGAUAACGCACCCCACCCGCUUGUCCCAAGGGCACGUGAUCUGCCUGGGACGAGCGACCUUCCUCCGCUUCAGUCACCCAGCUGAGGCCAAGCGGAUGAAAAGCCAAGCAGUGCCCGGUGAGCGACACAGCCCAGCGGUCCCAUAUGGGCUUGGAACAGCAGAGCAGCAGAGCCCCAUCAACAGCAACUCCGAGGGGGCAUCGCUCUCCCUGGUCAGCUCCAUUGAGAGAGACCUGCAGGGCAUAAUGGAUUCCUUGGUGCUGCAGGAGGAAAGCGCUGAUGGGAGCCCUCCAUCCCCAACAGCAAACAGCCAGGGGGGCUGUUCCCUUCUGUCCCCACCCCAGAGCCCUGGAAACAUCUCCAUGGGGUCCACAUAUGAAAACACCUCCUCUCCCCCCUUCUCUCCGCUCUCCUCCCCUGACAGCAGCAGCAGCAGCUGCUGGUACCCCUCGUCCAGCUGCUGGGAGAAAGCUCCCACCCUCCCCCCUGCGAUACCUGUCCGAUCCUCCAGUUACUGUCAUGCUGCGUUGUUGCCCCACGGGGGGCCUUGCCCAGACCCCUUGAGCAGCUCCAAUGGCUUCCUAAGCUCUGCUUGCGGUUCAGGGAGCCCCCGGGUGGAGAGGAAAGUCCAGCGGGACGGCCUCACAAGCCCCCUGCCUCCUGCAGAAGAUCCCCAUCCUAGCCAGCACGCUGCCUCCCCACUGAAGGAGAAGCUACUGAGAAGCUCUCGGUCACCAUCGCCCAGGAACCCCUGCCCGGCCAAGGCUGUCCGGCUGCCUGGCAUGCUGCAGGGCAAGGCUGCAGCCCUCCAGGAGCCUGUCCCCGGCCCAUUCCUGGAAAUGCUGCCGGUCAGGGUUUCCCAACCGGCCCAGCUGGGGAAGUCAGUCUGCCAAGGGUCAGGGCUGCCAGGCGUGGCCUCUCAGUCCAGCUGGGCCCAGCGGGCCCCUGAGAGUCCCCUGCUCAGCCGGCGGUCCCUGGAGGGCAUCCGGAAACUGCCCCCGCUCAGCCCAGCCCUGGGGCACCGAGCAGUCUCCCCGGCCCCUGGAAGUAGCCACUCUUCGCAGGGCAAGGUUGGGCAGAGUUCUGGGGUAUGGCGGAGGGAAGCCUCUUCCACCCCCUCCUCCUCCUCCUCCUGCUGCCUGAGGACCCGCAGUCCCUCGCCUCCCCACCUCCCUGGAGAAUCCACCCAGCGGAAGCCCCAUUGCAGACCAGGUCUUGGCCCUGCCUCCAGCUUGGGUUCCCUCGUCCUGCCCUUGGAUUCUCCCCAGCCAAGCCACCUGGGGUCUGGGGAGUUCCGGCUGCUGGGCCCCUCGCAAGAGCGCAAGCAGAGCAUCUCCAAGCUGCUGGGUGUGCGUGAGAGUGACUUGCUGGAGUACCACCGAUGGCAGCGCCAGGAGCGUCUCCGGGAGCAAGAGAUGGAGCGCUUGGAGCGCCAGCGCCUGGAGACCAUCCUCAGCCUGUGUGCCGAGUACACCAAGGGGGACACUGAGCUGGGCCAAGAGGGCAGUGCCAAUGUUGCUGAUGGGGUGCCCCCCCCACCAGGGAGCAGCCCCUGCCGGGAGCGAGGGGAGGAGGAGAACUUGCAGGAGGAGAGCAGCAGCACCGAGAGUGCCGGCCAGGAGCACGAGGUGCCACCUACUCCAGAACUGGCCCAUCUGGAAGAGGAGCACGCCCGCCUGCUGGCCAGUGCAGACUACCUCAAGAGCUGCCUGAAGGGGCUGGAGCAGCAGCUGCGAGAGACUGCUUGGGAGGCGGAGAUAGAGCAGGCCCUCCUGCAGGGCGAGCGGGAAUCGGAGAUCCUGCAGCUGCGGCAGGAACAGCAGGCAGUGCAACUCCUGGAGGAGCAGCUCUCGGGCCUGGAUGCCAGCAUUCGCCACAAGCGAGAUAAGGAAGCGGAGGCCCUGGAGACGGAGACCAAGCUCUUUGAAGACCUGGAGUUCCAGCAGCUGGAGAAGGAGAGCCGCUGGGAGGAGGAGCGCGAGAUGCUUGACCAGCAGCUGCUGCACAGCGAGGCCCAGGGCCGCCAAAGUCUGGCCCGCCGGAAGGAACGUGUGGCUGCCCUGGAAAGCCAAGCGAAGCAGCUGCGGCUGCAGGCUGCUCAGGAGGCUGACCGGCUGCGCCAGGAGAGGAGGGCCACCCUGCAGCGGUUGCAGCAGGAGAAGGAAACCCUUCUGGCGCUGGAGAGACGGUUCUGUGCACUCACUGGCAGCGCUGCCUUUUCCAAGGGCUCCAGCACCCUCCAAGAGGGCUCUCCACCCCCACUGGGCAAAAGAGGCAGCCCCCCCAGCAAGCUGACCAGCACCUUUCUCGACCUUAGAAGGAAGCACGAAGCAUCCCUCCAGCACAAGGGACAUCAGGCAGGUCAGGAGCAAUGGCAGCGCCUGGCCGACCUGAAGCACAAGACCACAGUGGAAUGCCAGCUGCUCCAGGCAGGUGCCUUCUUCUUCCCCCUUGUGCCCCACUCUGUUCUCCAUCGUCACCCCUUCCCGGGCCAAGAUCAACCGGCCGAUAACCCCGAGCCAGCCUACGAUACCCUCAGCUUAGAGAGCUCGGACAGCUUGGAGACCAACCUCUCUGUGAGCGGGAACUCCGCCUGCUCCCCGGACAACACCUCCAGUGGCAGUGGGGCAGAUGCCAGGAAGAUUGAAGAGAUGGAGAAGCUGCUGACAGAGGCCCAGGCUGAGAGGACCCGCCUGAUGGAGUCGCGAGAGCAAGAGAUGGAGCUGCGUCACCAGGCCUUGGAGGAUGAACGGCGGCGGCGGGAGCAGCUGGAACGGCAGCUGCAGGAUGAGACAGCGCAGCGGCAGCAGCUGAUUGAGAGGGAGGUCAAGAUGCGGGAGAAGCAGCUAGCUCAGGCUCGCCCCCUGACCCGUUACUUGCCUAUCCGUAAAGAGGACUUUGACCUGCGCUUGCACAUCGAAUCCUCCGGCCACAGCGUGGACACCUGCAACCAUGUCAUCCUCUCGGAGAAGCUGUGCAAAGGCUACCUGGUCAAGAUGGGAGGCAAAAUCCGGUCCUGGAAGAAGCGCUGGUUUGUCUUUGACCGCCUGCGGCACACCCUCUCCUACUACGUGGACAAGCAUGAGGCGAAGCUGAAAGGCCUCAUCUAUUUCCAGGCCAUUGAGGAGGUUUAUUACGAUCACCUCCGAUGCGCAGCCAAGAGCCCCAACCCCGCCCUAACCUUCUGCAUCAAGACCCACGACCGGCUCUACUACAUGGUGGCCCCCUCGGCAGAAGCCCUGCGCAUUUGGAUGGAUGUCAUUGUCACAGGGGCUGAAGGCUACACCCAGUUCCUGAGCUGAGGCAGCAGAGCCAUGAACAGUGCCAGAGGGCAGAGCUGCAGCUCUCCCUCAAGGGCUUCCCAUGGACAGCCUCCGCCAGCAGGCAUGGAUUCCUCUGCCACAGGUGCCUGGGACGGGCACGCGAGUGGCAAAAGCAGGGGCCCUGCCAGCAGCUUCUCCUACCUUUCACUAGACUCCAGGAGGAAGCCCCCCCCCCCCGCUUCAGAGGUGUGAGAGACAUAGAACCACCACCAUCAGGCUUUCCAGUGCAGGGCUGGCUCUCCCCUGGCCCAGAAGGUCAUCUUGGGUCUCUCAUCUCCAGUGCUGGCCUUCUCGCUCUUUUUAAAAAAAUGCAGAAGCAACUGGGAACAGUUCCCCCUUGCAGCUUGGGGAUGCUGAAGUUGUUGAUUAGAGUCUUUGCAGCCAAGAGACACGAAAGCAAAAUAAAGCCUUUUGCAUACUUUCA